CCCCCAAGGGCCCAUCUGACUGGGAUGGACGUGGUGGUAGUCAAGCCAGGACUAACCAGGGCCUGGCCCUUGAGCUAAGCCGAGAGGCCGACAACAGGUCUCCCCCGUCCUCAGGGAGUGGGAGUGGACCUAGAAUCAUGGCUUCUCUACCCAUCCAGCGCCUGGCCCCGGGAAACAGUGUGCCUGGCUGUAGCCAGGAGCCUUUCUGGAGAACUCAAACCAUGCUUCUGUAUACUCGUAGAAAAGAGAGAAGCUGGGGGCCUGUACCCGUCCCUCCCCCACACUUGGCCAAGGCUCCCUCUCCAGACCAGCUCGGAGCCACCUUUGUGACAUCACAUGACAGAUAAGGAGGGCGAUGACCCGGGCACCCGGUUGCCCCACUACGCAAUUCUAGAAUUCCGUGAACAGUAUAUAUUGGGCAUCCUGUCUUGGCUGGAGGCAUUUCUGACUCGAGAGUCUAGGAAGACGGCCUCAGGGUGAAAAUGCUCUUGAUCUAGACUAGCUCCAUGGCUAGUCAGAGUAACGACGACACAUACCAAGUCAUGCUGGCUCCUCCCGGUGAUGGGGAGUCGGCAGGAGAGGUCCCGUCCAGGUCCUCCCUGCACCUCAAUUUGGAUUCCAGGAAUUUGGAGAGGCAUGAGGAUCCAGCCGUGAGCCGAGAUCCAGGCCCCCAAGACAACCCACAGCCACCGGCCCCAAACCACGGUGCCUACAACGUGGGAGAAAACAUUUUCGGGCUCUCCUUCCCAAGAAGGCUCUGGAGGAUCGUGGAGGACAACACCUUCACGUCCGUGUGCUGGAAUGAAGACGGCGACACUGUGAUCAUCGAUGAAGACCUUUUCCAGAGGGAGAUUCUCCACCGGAGGGGCCCAGAGAGAAUCUUUGAAACUGACAGCUUGAAGGGGUUCAUCCGCCUAAUGAACCUGUACGGGUUCAGCAAAAUACGCCCAAACAACCCUUCGGUUCAUGCCCCAGGGAACAGGAAAACGAUGCUCUACCGCAACUCCCGCUUUCAGCGAGACAGGCCAGGGCUGCUGGAGAAUAUCCAGAGAAAAAGUGACCUGAGAACUGUCACCGGGUGGCCAGGGAGCGCCGCAACACCGUCAAAGAGAAAGAAGCCCGUAGUACCUACAAGACGGUCCCCACGAAUCCAUCACAAGGAAUCCACCAAGGAGGACAAGGCGGCCCCCAAAGAAGGCCCAAAUGUUCCGGGACCCAGUGGCACCGGGUCCUUUACCUUCUCUGGUAUCUGGUCCCUGAGCAGCGCGGUGGGGUAUGACACGGAGAAUCCUGCCUCCAGGGAGCAGGGCGGCCCAUGUGGGGAGGGCACCUCCGGGAAUGACACAGUUGCGCCCCCGGCUACCACCGGAAGGGAGGGUGCGGGGGAGCUGCCCACCGCCCCCGCACUCUACCCAGAUUACGGGUCAGUGAUGUCGCUGUACAACACCUGCUAUUCCAUCCUGCUGGCUGCCCUUUCGGUCAUGUCCCCAGACGAGGUCCCCAGUGAGAACGAGAACGAGGAGGAGGAGGGCUCCUCAGAUUACAGGUGUGCCCUCUGUGAACAUUUCAAGGACAAUCCAGGUCCCUAAGCUCACAGGCCACUGGUGACAAGUAACAAUCACUACUGUAUAACCGUGAACCUGUUUUUGGCUUUAAUAAAGAAAAGCAAAACUCUGCAGGAGUAAAUAAACAGUCAAACGACAACGGCGAGUCUGUGUUCUUUUUAACCUGUGAUACUACACACGCCUCAUCGGAUCACCCUGGGGAGGCUAGGAAUCCUGGCCCGGGACAGGUUUUGGUGCCGGUGGGUCCCCUUUCCUCUGAAGCAGCAGCACUAUCACACACUCA